CGCAAGAUGGCCGACGUCGCUUGAAAGUAUGUUCCUCUCCUCAACAUGAAGUCGUGAGUGAGAAAGAGAGCGAGGGAGACAAAGUUGGGGUUUUAUUUUUAUUUUAUUUUAGUUAUUUUACUUUAUUUUUUUCUAAUCACCCAUCUCAUUCCGCAUCGUGUCUGCCCCCAAUUUGUCUUUUCUAGCGAGCUAGUUGACGCGUCAAUCACGCCGGGACCUUAGCUAGCUAACCAGCUAAGUUAGCUAGCUAGUUUGUUACUAGCAGAAGGCAUUUAACUAACGUUAACGUUGGCUAGUCAGCCUUCAGCAUAAUUGUGUGGAUAAUCAAAUGGUUGCAUGGUUUUCUUUAAGGUCGAAUUACCAUUGUGGUGUGAACGACUUCGCUAUGUUUGGGAACAAAUGCGUAGAAAUUGCUCCGCAAAUGUGUAGCCAGUUUGCUAGCAAGUGGGAUUAUAUUUGUGGUGUUUGAGACAUUGCCGAUAACAUAAUUGUUACUUAGCUAUCUUGCGCGCCGUUACUAGUUAUUGUAACAUUGUUGUGCAAGUUUGUAUUUGUUCAGCUAGCAACACUGUAAUUGGUCGAAAAAGUUAAUCUGGUAGUUGUGCUAUAGUCAUUCUGGCAGCCCACCAAAAUAUACCGAAAGGAAUGAACACACCGUUGCACUCUUACGACCAAAUUUGAAAAAUUGCUACAGUUAUUCUGCUGUAGUUGGCAAGGUACUGGUCAACGUGUAACUGGCUGUCAAGUUUUAUGACAUAGUUUGCAAACUGUAAACAUAUUCUUCAUUUAAAGAAGACAAGCAUUACUACGUCGGUUACUACAUCUUCAACUUCACAUUGCACGAUCCCACGUUUGAUCGUUUGAACAGGAAUAAAGUAACGUUUAACAUUGCAAUGGGAAUUCAAGGUUUCCAGGAGUAUCUCGAGAAGCGUUGCCCGGGCGCUGCUGUUCCCGUAGACCUCCUUAAACUCGCCCGAACAGCAGCCCGGCAACCCCCUCACCACCACCACCACCACCACCAUCAUCCCCAUCACCCAAGCUCUCUGCCUCCACCACCUCCGCCAGCUCGAAUUCUGGUGGAUGCCGACUCUGGCCUGCAACGUCUGUACGGCGGCUAUCAGACAGAUUGGGUAUGUGGAGGCGAGUGGAACGCGAUGCUCGGUUAUCUGGCGGCUCUCUCGCAGGCCUGUUUGUAUCAGGGAGGCCUGGAGCUAGUAGUGAUUUUCAACGGCACACUCGGAAAAGAUCGCUGGCCGGAGUGGGCGCGGCGGUCGCAGGGGCAGCGGCAGACUGCGCAGCUCAUUGUCAACCACGUCGGCAGCAAGGCCACGCCGCCUCCGCGGGCCUGGUUCCUGCCCCCGGCUUGCCUUAGCCACUGUGUCCGCCUCGCCAUGUUCCGCUUCCGUGUGCGGGUGGUUCAGACUUUGGAGGACCACCAUCAGGAGGUGCUGUCCCUGUACAGGGACUAUGGUUUCCACGGCCUGAUCGCGCAGGACUCAGAGUUUGCUCUAUGCAAUGUCCCAGCCUACUUCAGCUCACACGCUCUCAAGCUCUCCUGGAAUGGCAAGAACCUGACCACUCACCAGUACCUGCUCUCUGAAGCCGCCCGGCAGCUUGGCCUCAAGACUCAGCACCUGCCAAUGUUUGCUGCUCUGCUUGGUAACCACAUUUUGCCAGAUGAGGACUUGGCUGCCUUUCAUUGGAGUCUUUUGGGCCCAGAACACCCUCUUGCCUCUCUGAAGGUGAGGGCCCACCAGUUGGUGCUCCCUCCUUGUGAAGUCGUCAUUAAGGCUGUGUCUGAGUAUGUAGCGUCCAUCAAAGACCUUGGGAAUCUGGAUGCUGUGGCCAGGGAUGUGUUCAAGCAGUCCCAGUCUCGAAUGGAGGAUAAAAUAGAGCGCUUUAAGAAGGCAGUGGAGUACUUUUCAAUGGCCAGUAAACCCAGACCUCCUUCUAUGGGACCCUCUCCUUAUCCCUUCCCAGGCUUCGGACCUGGUCAGUUUGGUGGACCUCCAGGCCCCAUGGGGAACAUGCCGCCUGGAAAAGCCCCGUUUGGCCCACCUCAGAUGUCGGGUGUAAAGGUGCCUUAUCCCGGGGCGCCCUACGGACCUGGUUCUGGUCCCGGACCUGCCCUGCUAUUCCCGAACCCGCCUCCCCCUCUACAAGACUGUAACGAUUCUCUAGUUGGGAAAAUGGGCUUUUCUGAUUGGUCGGCUCCUUAUGAUUCCACUCAAGGUGGCAGCAGACUGCCGAAUCACCACACAGCUGCUCCCUCGGGCACCUCCCCCUCUCCUUCGUCCUCCUCAGAUGGGGAGGAGCAAAAUGACACCAGCACAAACCAUUUAGCGGACAAAGGCUCCAGGUGGGAGGACUCCUCUGGCCGUGGGGGCGGAGCUUCAGGUGACGGUCCCCACGGCAACGGGAGCGGGCCUUCGAUCCCCUCGCUGCUCUCCAUGGCGACGCGCAGUCACAUGGACAUCACCACGCCACCCCUGCCACAGGUCAGCGCGGAGGUGCUGAGGGUGGCGGAGCACAGACACCGGAGGGGCCUCAUGUACCCACAGAUCUACCACAUCCUCACCAAGGGGGAGAUGAAGAUGCCGGUGUGCAUUGAGGACGAGUGCAACCCCGACCUGCCCCCCGCCUCGCUGCUGUUCCGUUCGGCGCGGCAGUACGCCUAUGGGGUUCUCUUUAGUCUGGCUGAGACCCAGCGGCGGGCUGAGAGGCUGGCCAUGCGCAAACGUGCCCCAGUGGAAGUGCCCCCGGUGAUUGUGAAGGAGUGGUGCGCCAGCAAAGCCAAGUCGGCCUUGACCCCGGAGCUGGUCCCUGCGCUGUGCUUCCGGGAGUGGACCUGCCCCAACCUGCGGCGCCUGUGGCUGGGCCGGGCCUCGGAGGACCGGAGCCGACGCACGCGCGCCUUCCUGGCCUGCAUGCGCUCUGACUGCCCCGCCCUGCUCAACCCAGCCCUCGUGCCCUCGCACCUGCUGCUCAUGUGCUGCGUGCUCAGGUAUAUGAUGCAGUGGCCUGGUGGAAGGAUCUUGCAGAGACAUGAGUUGGAUGCCUUCCUGGCUCAGGCCGUCUCCAACCAGCUGUACGAACCGGACCAGCUCCAGGAACUCAAGGUGGAGAAGGUGGACAACCGGGGGGUGCAGCUGGCCUCACUGUUCAUGAGCGGCGUGGACACGGCUCUGUUUGUCAACGACGUGUGCGGGCAGCCGUUGCCAUGGGAACACUGCUGCCCCUGGGGCUUCUUCGACGGGAAGCUGUUCCAGAGCAAGCUUGCGCGCUCCACACGGGACAGGGCCGCCCUGCUGGACAUGUGCGAGGGGCAGGAGGAGUUGGUUUCUCGGGUCGAGAAGAUGCGUCAGGCCAUCUUGGAGGGCAUCAAUCUGUCCCGACCGCCUCCCCCUCCCCCACCCAUGCCCCCUCCUGCCUUCCUGCCUCCUGCUAUGGUGCCCCCUUUCUACCCCAUGCACCCCAUGUACCCGCCUCGCCCGCUGGGAGCCAUGCCCCCUCCACACCACCCGCAUCACCCCCACCAGCACAGGCCUCGAGCUUUCCCAGGUAUCCAGUCCAUACCUCCCCAGGGAGGCAAGUUGGAAAUAGCCGGCAUGGUUGUGGGCCAGUGGGCUGGGAACAAACCAGUGCGUGGAAGAGGGGGGUUCAACAUGCAGGUGGUCUCAGUUGGAGGAGGAAAAGGAAGGGGUAAAGAGGUCACCCCAAAAGGAAGGGGAGGGAAGAAGGCACCCCCCACCAACAGAACACAGACCCUGUCGUCAUCGCCGCCCCCCAGCAGUCCCCCGAAGUUGACGGAGGAGGCCAAGCCGGGGGCUGCGCUGCCCCCCGUACCUGUGGAGGGUGCUGUGAUGGCGCCCCAGCAGCUGAAUGGCAGCUCCCCAGGAACCGCCGUUGUGCAGCCCCUGGACCUGCCACCUCUGGCCCAGCCAAUCCAGUGUGCCUUAGCCAGCAGAGACAACCAAUCAGGAGAUGGGGUUGAGGUUGAGGCCCCUUGUUGCCUUGAUGACUGCCCAUCUGAGGGUGCACUACAGAAGGAGGAGUAAAAGAAAGAAAAAGAGAAUCUCCCGAUAAUGUAACAGAAGCGAUUGAAAGAGGAGGAGAGAGUGAUGCGUGUUAGACUGCCUUUCCUUGCAAAAAUCCUAAAUCCAAGGGGCCGCAGUAGCCAGUUUUAAUUUCCCUGUCGCGAAUCGGUUUAAUUUACGAUGCUACAUUUGCUGGAGGCCACACAUCUGGGUGGAACAUGCAGUGGUCUACUUGUCACCUGUUUAUCCGGCAAUUUGAUUUCCUUGUUAAGCAGUGCUGUUCCCCACAAGACCUUUACAUGCAUUGUGCUCUGAAAUGUACAGCCUUGGGAGAAGUCCUCUGCUGCAACACCCCCA